CGUCCCGGAAAUGACGAUGAAAUAAGUAGAUCUUGCACCAAUUUCAAAACAUCGGAGUGCCUACUGAUAAGAAACUUUACAGCUGUGAAUAUCAGAUUUACCCAGAGUUGCUUCCGAUUAUAUUUUUUACGCCAGAAGGAACGUAAAUUGUACAUUACUCUGUCACUUUAGAGUUUUGUAACUAGCGACCUUAUGUGGCGUGAAUCAUGGAGACAACCCCGAUAAAACUGACACCAGCGAAUGAAAACACUCCGAAUACAGCUCAGUCUUCUUCUUCAAGCAGGUUAAGCUCUGCCAAGCCCAUGAGUUCCUCACUGAAGGAGAAGUUAAAAAGAUCGCGCCACUCAUUCAGAUCCCCCCUCGGUGUGGUUAAACGCCUUAAAAUAGAAGAUGACAGUCAACCACAGACCUCGCAACCGGGAGACAGAGAGACCGAUACUGAUGUGCAUCGGGAUGAUAUGAGGGAGCAGAGAGACUGUUCACAUCACACAGCUGAGCCUGCACAAAAAGACUUGAUUCAGCGAUGUGAAGAGCUAAGAAAAGCAGUGAAGGAGAAAUCAGAAACCUUGCGAAGAUUAAAGAUGGCCAAGAUGUAUAGAGAAAAGAAUGACCUGACCCAGCUACAGAGACUCGUAGACAAAUGGAGAUCCUGUGCUCAGUCUGUGCUGUGUGAAUUACAGAGUGAAUUAACCUCAGAGGGAAAACAAGUCAGUCUGUCUCAGUUUAUAGACAGUUUGGGGUUAGAUGACAAAAUACUGCACUUUGACAGGACAGAGGAAGACUUCACAGACAACUGAAAUUCACUGCAUUGUAUUCAUUUUAUUGAUAACAUUUAAAUGAGUCGUAAGAAGCCAUUUCAGAAAAGGUCAUUCAUUGAUACAUUCAGAAAGGGUGAUUAUUCAGAUUAUAUUUGGAACCGAUAAAAUACAUUGUGAAUUUUGGUAGGUUUAUUAAACUUUAUUGUUAUUUAUUA